AUGCAAAUGGCUGACGCGCCCAAUUCGACAACCGGAAACCGCAUAAUGCCGCCCGUCUCGAAACUAUCGAAUGGAAACUCGGAGUCAACAGGCUUUUCCCAUGGAGCGUAUACAGGAAACCUGUCGUUCGCGGAUCGCAACUCCCGUCGAGCCAAUAUUCCUGCAAUUAAUACGGGCGCCAUCGGACAGACUUCGGGCGAUUUGGGUAGCGCAAAUAACGCUUUUGAUGUGAAUUUUGCGCCUCUACUUCCCUCCCAGCUACUCUUAGGAAGUCCAUUUCAGACAGGCACGCCAUCUUUUGCGUCGCCACAGUUCCAGAGCUUCCAAGGAUUCUCUCAGUCAAACGGAAAUUCCCAAGCACAAAACCACCAACUUAAUAGCCCAACCCAAGCGCAGCAUAAUCCACUGUCGCCUCAACUCUUCCAGAACCUUGUUUCACCCGACGGGCUUGCGACAUCCCAGUUGUUGGGGGGUCCGCAAUCUCCGGUAGGCGGCUUCCCUGGCUUUUCCAAUGCUUUCGGAACCGCGAACCCAUCACUGCAGCCCGGAAUUCUCUCUGGUACUAGUCGCACGGUGUACCUGGGCAACCUUCCUGCUGAGACUAGCGCCGAAGAGAUCCUAGGCCAUGUUCGAAGUGGCCAAAUCGAAUCAGUUCGAUUGCUGCCUGAUAAAAAUUGUGCAUUCAUCUCAUUUUUGGAUAGUAGUUCAGCGACUCAUUUCCAUUCGGACGCAAUUUUGAAAAAACUUUCAAUCAAGGGGAAUGAUAUUAAAAUUGGCUGGGGCAAGCCGUCCCAGGUGCCAACCUCUGUAGCACUUGCAGUUCAGCAGUCUGGAGCUUCAAGGAAUGUUUAUCUCGGCAACCUUUCUGAGGAUACUACUGAAGAAGAACUUCGCGAAGAUCUUGGUAAAUUCGGUCCCAUUGACACCGUUAAGAUUGUUCGAGAGAAGUCUAUCGGUUUUGUUCAUUUUCUCUCCAUCAGCAAUGCCGUCAAAGCUGUGAAUCAACUUCCCCAGGAACCGAACUGGCAGGCCCCCAAACGCGUUUAUUAUGGAAAGGAUCGAUGCGCCUAUGUUUCGAAGACCCAGCAACAGAACGCUGCCCAAUAUCUGGGAAUUGCACCCGGCUAUGCUCAUAUGUUGAACUCGGCAGAUAGGGAUUUGAUUUCCAAUGCCUUAGCUCAGCAAUCUGUUGCAGCUGCAGCUGUUGCCACUGCCGCAGGUGGGGUGAAUAACCUUGGAAAUCGAACGGUAUAUCUUGGAAAUAUCCACCCGGAAACAACGAUUGAAGAAAUUUGCAAUGUUGUCCGUGGUGGGUUGCUCCACCACAUUAGAUACAUUCCAGAUAAACAUAUAUGCUUCGUCACCUUUAUCGAUCCAACAUCAGCUGCUUCCUUCUACGCACUGAGCAACCUACAGGGAUUGAUGAUUCACAAUAGACGACUAAAGAUUGGCUGGGGAAAACAUUCGGGCGCUUUGCCUCCUGCUAUUGCGCUCGCUGUCAGCGGUGGCGCUUCUCGAAAUGUUUAUAUCGGUAACUUGGAUGAAUCGUGGAGUGAAGACCGACUCCGACAGGACUUCUCGACUUAUGGCGAAAUUGAGCUGGUGAACACUCUCCGUGAGAAAAGUUGUGCUUUCGUUAACUUUACGAAUAUCGCCAACGCUAUAAAAGCAAUUGAAGGGAUGCGCGGCCGGGAGGAAUAUAAACGCUUCAAGAUCAAUUUUGGCAAAGACCGAUGUGGAAACCCCCCUCGCCAGCUAAACAAUGGCCAACCACAACGCGCUGGUACGGAUGGAAGCAAUAUGCUUUCUAACGGAAGCCUUCAGGCUUCUUUCAACCAAGGAGCGCAGCAGUCGAGCCCAACCCGACCUGCACUAUCUCCCGCCCCCGGUUCUACGGGGUCGCAGGGAGCAAGUAGCCAGCAAAACCGCGCUCCCUUGGUUCCAACACCGUCAUCGAUCUUGAAUACCGGGGCCAAUAACCCUUUAACCAUGUAUCUUAAUCAUGUGUCUCAACAGCAAGCCCAAGAACAAGAAAGUCGCCUAAACGGUUCCAUGUCUUUUGCCUCUCUUCAGCAACAACAGCAGCAACAGCAGUCUCUUCAACAACAAAGCUUUGCUCACCAGCAGGCUAGCCUCUUCAACGGUACAGGGCCAAACGAUAACACUAAUAUCCUGGAGAAUUCUCUGCAUCAACAAAGAUCAUCCAACCAUAGCCUUUUAAAUGUUUCUAAUGCUGCAAAUUCCAGCCUUCAUGGUUCAAGCGGUUCUACCUUAAGCGUUCCACGUGCUCAGCAUUCCCGCGCUGUUAGCCUUCCAUCAUUCUCGCAGGAGCCAUUUGGACAAAUUCAUAACCUGGCACCACGCACCGGUAUGGCUCAUCAGCCCCAAGGAAGCUUCUCCAGCUUCGGCGGUGGCCUGAGUGGCCUGAGUGGCCUUAACCACAACGGCUUUGGCCUUUCCAUCUCCAACGAAACCUCCCUUCCUGGGUGGGCCGAGGAGGAGAUUCGGGCGAAAUAA